GCCGCCGCCGCCGCGCCGGGACCUGCUCUGCGGCCCGGGACGCCCCGUCUGCCCGCCGCGCACAGCCUCUGCCGACGGGACAGUCCUGAGGACAUGUAUUCCUCUGAGAACUCUUGGACAGUAAAUUCUGGUUUAACACCUGAUUUGGACGACAGACAGAGACAUCUCCAGUCAUGAAUACGGACCAGGAUGUAGCACUCAAACUUGCCCAGGAACGAGCAGAAAUAGUUGCUAAAUAUGACAGAGGACGAGAAGGUGCAGAGAUUGAGCCUUGGGAAGAUGCUGAUUACCUUGUUUACAAAGUCACGGAUAGAUUUGGCUUCUUACAUGAGGAGGAGCUCCCAUACCAUAAUGCAGCUGUGGAACGGCAAAAACACCUGGAAAUUGAAAGAACUACUAAGUGGCUAAAAAUGCUGAAAGGAUGGGAAAAAUACAAGAACACCGAAAAGUUUCAUAGGAGAAUUUACAAAGGCAUUCCCCUCCAGCUCAGAGGUGAAGUGUGGGCUUUGCUUCUUGAGAUCCCUAAAAUGAAAGAGGAAACAAGAGAUCUUUAUAGUAAAUUAAAGCACAGAGCACGGGGUUGUUCACCUGACAUCAGACAAAUUGACCUUGAUGUCAACCGCACAUUUAGGGACCAUAUUAUGUUUAGAGACAGAUACGGUGUUAAGCAACAAUCCUUAUUCCAUGUCCUUGCUGCGUAUUCUAUUUAUAAUACGGAAGUUGGAUACUGUCAGGGAAUGAGCCAGAUCACAGCUUUACUCCUUAUGUAUAUGAAUGAAGAAGAUGCCUUCUGGGCCCUGGUCAAACUAUUCUCAGGACCCAAACAUGCCAUGCAUGGCUUCUUUGUCCAUGGUUUUCCUAAACUGUUGAGGUUCCAAGGGCACCAUGAAAAAAUCCUGAGUAAAUUUCUGUCCAAGCUUAAGCAACACUUGGAUUCUCAAGAAAUCUACACAAGUUUUUACACAAUGAAAUGGUUUUUUCAGUGUUUUCUUGAUCGUACUCCAUUUACACUCAACCUACGGAUAUGGGAUAUCUACAUUUUUGAAGGAGAACGAGUCCUUACUGCUAUGUCUUAUACAAUCUUAAAAUUGCACAAAAAACAUCUAAUGAAAUUAUCUAUGGAAGAACUUGUAGAAUUUCUUCAGGAGACCUUGGCAAAAGACUUUUUCUUUGAAGAUGAUUUUGUAAUAGACCAACUUCAGAUUUCUAUGGCAGAACUCAAACGAGCAAAAUUGGAUCUUCCAGAACCUGGUAAAGAGGAUGAAUAUCCCAAGAGACCUUUGGGGCAACUUCCACCUGAAACUCGGUUUGCUGUUGUUAAUCACCUGAGCAAUGGACAAAGAAGUGUUAACAAGUCAAGUCCUCCGACAGUCAGCAGAAGAGAAAGUGCCACAUCUCCUCACAAAAGACCUGAGCAUUCGCCUCACCAUCAAAGCAGCAACGGUACGCCAGAAAGAGUAAGGCAGCCAAGGCAGAAAUCCACGGAUGAGGAUAGUAAAAAGCUUAAGGAGGAGGUUGCUUUGCAAGGGAAACCUCCAGCCGUUCCCCAGGACAAUUCCAAGCAUAGUAACGCAACUGCUAACCAAAACAGCAACGCCACCUCAAAUAUCAGAAAGGAGUUUGUGCCUAGAUGGAAUAAACCCUCAGAUAGCUCGGCUGUUGAAAAAACCGCCAAAUAUGCCUUUGAAGGUAAAGGUAGGUCAGCAAACCCCACCCUUACAAUGACCAUCCCAAAUUCUGCUGAGAAUCGACUCUCAAAUGCACGGCAGAAGCUGCAGGUGCUGGAUGCUGACGAAGGGAAGCGUGGUUCCAAUGCGUCCCAGUAUGACAAUGUUCCCGGAGCGGAGCACGAAAACGGGACUUCUGUGGAAGAGGCACUGGAAAGGGCGAACUCUCAGAAUCCGAGGAGUCUUCUUUAUUCCAACAGCAGUCCAAGAAAGCACACGGAGCCACAUUCUAGCCCGUCAAGAGUACCAAACCAUUUUACUUUUAAAGUACAGCCUCCAGGUUACCUAAGACACCUGUCCCCAUUAGAUGGAGAAGAUCCUGGAACAGUGCACCCACCAUCCUACAGUAAUCCCCCUGUUUACCAUGGAAAUUCUCCAAAACACAUCCCCAUUGCUAACCGUGGCACCGAGGCACCACCGGCCAGCUAUGGGAUGCAAGCGAAUCCAUCCCGGAGGCCCUAUGGCUCUACCCCCUUAGUAGAUUCUUCUCCGGAGAAACCUCACAGCCGCCCUGCUCCCUUUGUACUGCCAUCUAAUCGAAUAGAAGUUCUUCCUGUUGAUAUUGGUGCUGGGGGGUUCUCAGGGUCACCAAAGAAUGGCAAAUUCAUCAUUCCUCCAGUGGAUUAUUUGCCAGAGAAUAGGAAAUGGUCAGAAGUUAGUUACACCUGCAGGUCUGAGAUGCGUGAGCAACCGUGGGCUCGAGAUGGAAAGCGCAGCCACUUUACCAAUUUACCAAAAUACGCCGCCUUUCCACGUGUAACCUUUCAGGACCAUGGCCUCCCGCCAGUUUCAGUGGACAGUCCAGUGCGGUAUAGAACUUCGCCAGCGGUGGACGAUGCCGGCUCAUCACGGUAUCAGUAUUCAGGGCCCUCACCUCCGGCCUACCACUACAGGAAUCGGGAUGGACUCGCUAUUCAAGAAUCAGUAUUGCUGUGAGAAUGUAUCUCUAGUAGCUAAAGAUACUAGACUAGACACCAUACGGAACCUACAUUGCUAUGUUUAUAAUUGCCAAAGCAGUAUUUUAUACAGUUGAAAACAACUCCCACAAUUCUAAUGUUCUGUUAGUAAUAAGAGUAUAUGGAAAUACUGUCAUCUCUUGUACACGCUGCUUAAGGUGAGCGUUUUGAAUGUCAUCAUCGCUGACCCUGUUGAAUUGAAACAUAGCAAUAGCAUUUAGGGGUGCACGCACAGUAAUGCUUCAUUGCCCAGUGUCAUUGAUGGCUUUCUCCCAAACCUGACCAUUUUGACUCUCUUGGCCUACUCUGAGUACAAAACACUGAAAACCGGUCUGUGUAGAACAGAUAUUUCACAGAUAGUGUAUGUGUCUUUUCAUAGAUAUUGUAAGCAUCUAUGCACACACAUUGGAACAGAGAACUAAGGAAAUGUUCAAGAGACAACUCCUUUUCCUCUAGCUCCAUAGAAUAAUCUGCCUAGCUGGUGUUUGAGUCACCUUAGAUGCCGCCACCCCACGUAGCCCCCGCCUCCCAAUAUUUUUAACCCAGGCCCUAACAGCUGACUAGAGAGAUGCCCCUGGCUUUAUUAAUUCCACCUCUCACAGAAUGCACGUCAUUCUCCUUCAAGUGCUGCCAUCUUUCAGUCUGAAAAUUAAAGGCAUUGGGAGGAAAGGCUAACCCCUUUAAUGGUGCUAAAAAUUCGGGGCAGUUACAGUCAGGUCACGGCCAAAGGUGUGCUCUCGUUGGGUCCACUGAAUGUUUUCUUGCCCUUUGUUCUGACCUGCCUCUUCCUGGCCGAAUGCAGAGAAAAUGCUGCCUGCCAUACGGCACUCUGGGCAGAAGCCAGCAGGAGAAGCUGCAAGUUACCGAUCAUCACGCAUGCACACGGGGCAGCAGAAUUCACUCCUUUGAACUUCAUUUGAAAGCAGGAUUAACAAUCUGGUUUCUUCUUACUUAGCCAUGCAGGGCCUCACCACAGAGGCCCCAGGCAUCACUCACACCAUUUUCUUCUGGCACUCUUUAAAGCGUGUAAGGCAGUGGACGUUUCGGCACUGACUGGACCGUUAAAUUGCCGUGGUGCAGCAUGGUAAAACACCACCCUACCUGAUUUUUAAGAAGAAACCAAGAUACCAGAUUUUAAAGGGGAAAAGAUAGUGUCUUUCAUACUUUCUGGAAACCUUUUUUUCUUUUUCUUCAUUUAAGAAAAGAAAAGGGCAGGUUCCUGGUAUAACAUUUUGAAUGUCUUUUUAAAACAUCCCAUCACACUACAGUCACCCGAAUACUCACAGGCCUCAGGGCACCUCCAGAAAGUGUGGCCAUGCAGUCCCUGGGGGCCUCUGUCCAGCCUCUCGCACGGUAGAGCAGGAGGCCGACCACUGAUGGCGCUUGUUGCAAGUGGGAGCUUUAAACUUUCAAGGUACAAAAGUUUGUCUCUUAAAAUGGGAGUAGCAUUUGUUUAGCUAGUGAAUGUGACAAUAUUUUUUAUGUAUAUAAUGAGUCUAAUGUAAUUUUAAUCAACUUGGUAAUGAUGUGAUUAAAUGGCAAAAACAAAAGCAGUGCAUUUGCAGCCGAGUACUACGCUGAAGCUCAAACGCCGCAUCCUUCAUGGCACUGGGGUCUUGAGUUAGACUGUGGGAAAGCAUAGAAAUAAAUGUAUCUGCAAUGGUAGCUGAGGAUAGUACUCCCAAUUCUUUUAAGCCUUGCUUCUGUGAUUUGUAGGAAACCAAGCUGAACAAUGUAGUUGAUGAUAGCAGCCUCUGAGCUGCUCCAGUGUAUGUAUGUAUAUAUAUAUAUAUAUAUAUACACACACACACACACUCUCAUACAUAUCUAUAUGUAUACAUAUAUCAAUAGUCCUAAAUACUGUAGAUUUAUAUAGAGAUAUAUACACACACAUGCACACUAUUUUCUUAUGUCAUCUGUGACAUUUUUUAUCUGUAUACCUUUUUGAUGUAAUUGUUUUUAACAUGCUAAAAGUAAUAACUAUAUUUCUUUUUUGUGUCCUUUCUGUGUUUUUUUGUUUGUUUGUUUAUGUUUUUCUUGUGACAAGACCACUGCAUCUCUUUUAACUGAGCAGCUCUUGCCCAGUGUUCAUCAUUAUUUCAUAGUACAUCAGAUGCUAUGUUACGCGCUUGACUGAUUUCCGGUAACACUGUAUUUCAAAUGGCCUCCCAUGCCAUUAUUGAUAGCAAUACCGUCAUGUUGUAGCUUUCUCCAUUAUACAAUGUACUUCUCUAUUUUUUUAAGUCGGAAAUUUAAACUUGAAAUUAUUUUGCCACUCCACUGCACAAUUUUACUCUUUCAGAUAUAUCUUUUAAUAAUUAGUAGAUUUAAGAAUAUUAGUAAAGUGAGUCAGUACACUUAUGACACAUUUGGAAGGGUUUUUUAUGCUAGGAAGACUGAUUUUGUGCUUGCAGUGUCAUGUUGUAAAUAGUUUGCCAUUAUCAAUUAUUCUCUUCAUGGACGUUUGACUUAACAAGCACUUUGUGGAGUUCUUAUUUAUUUCCUUAAAUUCCGCUUGAUAGUUAGGCUCAGGGUCCUGAAGGGUAUUUAAAAGUUGACUCUUUCAGGUGCUUAGUAUUUUUUACAGGAUUUUAUCUCUUUUAACAAGCAGCUUUUAAAAUUGGUGAAUAGAUAUAAAAUCAGAUAUCAGAGUAUACAUGGUAGAAUAUUUCCUGAAAGAAUGAAGAGAGAAAGAGACUCACCGAAUAGGGCAUUUCUGUAGAAGACUAGCUAUUUAUAGGAUGUGUUUAAAUUUUCUUUUUAUGAUUUAACUGCUUAAUGCUAAAUUUUAUGUGAUACUCAGUAUAACUGUAAAAUUGACUUUCAAAGUGUAAUCAUUCCAGAUUUCUCUCAGGGGUCCAGUAACAAUGCAAACACAAAAACAGUGUCUAGUCAAUACUUGUCUGAGAGCUUGAGUUUUGUGGUUAGAGAAAAACUUAAAUAUGCAAAUAUGGAUUUAGUUACAGAGGACCUGUAACUUGGUCAUCUGGAAAUAUUAUCCUUAAUUAUGUUUUGAGAGUAAUCACAUUUUCAUCUUAGUUUAUAUUUGAUUAUAUUUCUAAAAAUGAUUAUACUUGGGAGUAGGUUGAUAAAGCCUUUAUCUAACAUGAGUAAUAAUGCUUCUUGAUUUAGGAGGCUCUGUGUAAGGCAGACUUUGCAUUUAAGAUGAACCGAAGUAGGAGAAUAGGAGAAGGGAAUCCAUUUCACAUUUAUUUAUGAAUUUUCAUUUCAAAAGUAUUUUUUCAGUUUUCUUUAAGUAUGAACAUAACUGCCACCAUUUUAUAUAUGAGAAAGCUGAGAAUCAGCUUAGGAAUUGACUUAGAUUGCCUAAGACGGGAUCUCCAUCCUUGGUGGUCAUUAGGAUUACAUGGAUGAGAAUUUGAAAGUAUAAAAAUUUGGCUAGGGUCUCAUGCAGACCACUUGAAUUAGGAUCUCUGGCAUAGAACAUAGAUAUCAGAGAAUUCUAUUAUUUUCUCCCUUAAAGUUAUAGUUCAAUUAGGCUCUGCAAAAAAAGGUAGGGAGGGGAGGGGUGGUGGCAGUGGAUUAACUCUCUUCCUCUCACUCUGGGCUGUCUCCAUAAUUCCUAGCAGAUCCGAAUUUAGGAUCCCCGAAGAUCAGGGAAAGCUCUACCUGAAAUAGGAACACUACUCGCCAUUUCUGUAAGUGUUGCUGAACUGUUCGCCAAUAGCAUGGGCAGUGCAGAUUGCUUCAAAUGGAGCUGGCAGGACCUGGUCCUUGACCUCAUCUGCUGUUGACAGUAGCCCGUUAAUUGGCAGAGCCAUAUUAAGAGUUCCACUGUUCCUAGACAACCUCUGUCUGUUAUUUACCGCUGAGAGUAACAUGCCUUUUAAAAGGUGUAAGUUGUUUGGAAGUCUAAGGGAGUUCUCAGUAUGUGAGGUGCUGAGAAAAUGUUGAGUAGUCUGGCCAUUGACUUCAGUCAGCAUUUUUUUUUUGGCAUCUACAAUGUGCUAGGUGUACAAAGGACUGCACUGGAGUCCCACUUCAAAGUGGGACAUUUGUAUCUUGGGCACAUGGUGAGCCCAUCACUCGAGGUCUGGGAAGACUUCAGGGGAAUUGAUGCCUCAGCUGGGCCUGAAAAGCCAUUUAUGCCCAAAUCCCAGGCAGUAGACAGUGCACAAAGAGGAAGGGAGGGGUAUUUCUACAGCAGAAUGGCACGAUGUGGGUAGAGGGGUGAGAGACUGGCAAGGAGGCCAGAUCAGGGAGUGCUUUGUCCGUCCUGGAGUUUGAUCCUGCAGGUAUAUAUAGCAAAUGCUUGGCCUUUCAGAGCUGUGGAAGCUGAAUGUGAGGGCUCAAACCAGGAGGUCGGUAGAGAAGGCGUUCUUUACUAAAGGUAAUGUCGAGCAGAACUCGGCCAAGGAAGACGUUUGGAAGAAGUGGACCAAGUACAAUGGCAAGACUUGAUCACUGGUUGUAUGUCCUCAUAAGAAGAAGAAAAAUGGUGCUCCGCACUAUGUGUCUGAUACUUAAUCUAUGUGCCAGGCAUUUAACCAUGUUAAUCAUUUCCUUCUCACAUUAACUCUCCCAAAUGCAUAUUAUAAUCCCCGGUUGACAGAUAAGAACAGGAGGGCACAGAGAGUUCAUGUAACUUGUCCCAAGUGCCACAGCCAGUCAGUCAGUAAAAUAGGAGUUGAAUGCAGGCAGUCUAAAAUCUAGAGCCUCAGCAUUGUUAUGCCCCUUCCCCCAAACACCUUUAUGGAUGGAUAAUUGACCUGCUACAAAAUUCAUCUGUUUGAAGUGUUCGAUGGCUUUUUUCAGAAAAGUUUCGAGUUCUCCAAGAAGCACAACUCCCACACUGUUAGAGUACACCAUCCCCUCAGAAAGCUCUGAUACCAUCAUGCCGGUUUCUGCCCCCAGCCUGAGGCAACCACUGAAUGGCUCUGUAGAUGCUCCUGUUCUGGGCAUUUCAUCGAAAUGGAACCACACAGAAUGUGAUCUUUCAGAUCUGAUGACUUACUGAGCGUAAUGUUUUCAGGUUCAUCCAUGUUCUAGCAUGAAUCAGGCAUUUCUCUUGCUGAAGAGUAUUCCAUUGUAUGGUUCUCUCACAUUUUGAUCAAUGGAAAAUGUGUGGGGUGUUUCCACUCUUUACUAUAAAUAAUGCUGCUAUGAACGUUUGCAUACAACUUUUUGUGUAGACACCUAUUUCCAUUUCCCUCAAACAUAUACCUAAGAGGGAUAUUGUAUGAUUGAUUUAUAUUUAACUUUCUGACAGACUUUUCUGAACUGACAGCACCACUUGAUAUUUCCACCAGCAGUUUAAGAGGGCUCCAGUAUCUUGACCUCCUAGCCAACGAUUGUCAGCCUUUUACAAAUGAGAGCCAUUGUUGUGCGUGUGAAGUGCUAUCUCCUUGUAGUAUGCGCCAUUUGUGUAUCUUGGAUGAAAUAAUCUAGUCAAGUCUUUGGCUUAUUUAAAAAAACUUUUGGGGGCCACUGGUUAGUAAGAGUUCUUCAUGCAUUCUGAAUACAAGUCCUUUAUGACAUAUGUAAUUUGUAAAUGUUUUCUUGCAGCGUGUGGCUUUUUAUUCCCCUUUCAUUUAAUCUUUUGAUUUACAGAAGUUUAAAAAAAUUUUAUUUUAAUGAAGUCCAUUUUAUCAGGGUUUUUGCUUUUAUAGAUUGUGCUUUUAGUAUUGUAUCUCUUUGCUCACGAAGAUUAAAGAGACUAUUAUACCUUAGUCUAGUAGUUUAUAGCUGUCACUCUUAAAUUAGGUCUAUAAACCAUUUUGAAUGUCUUUAUAUAUGAUGUGACAUUAGUUCCUAAACUCAUGUGGCUUUCCAGUUGAACCCAGAACCUAUAUUGAAAAGACUGCCCUUUUUUACAAUGAAUCACCUUGAUACUUCUGUCAAAAUA